GGGGAGAAGGUGAUGAGUGUGGAGUAGGGGGCUCAUAGUUCAGAGAUGGUCCCGUCCCAACCCCCGCCCUGUCCUCUCUUCCCCUACAGACGGCCGAGAUGGUAGAAGCCACCAGGAGGGAAUAUGAACAAUUUGUGCAGAAGCAGGACCGUGAACAUCAGAGCAUGAGCAGCUGCCUGAGGGUGAAGCCUGAGGAGAUGAAGCAACUCCUGGAGGGGAAACGCCAGGAGCUGCUGGAGCGCUGCCGGGGGGAGCUGCUGGGCGAGGACCCCCAGAAACAGGCGGCCCUGGAGGAGCUGAAGCAAGAGCUGGACAGGCAGAUGGACCAGUUCCUGCCGGCCUACGGGCAGCGCUUUAAAGUGAAGAAGGCCGUGGGGUUGGGCCUGGCU